CGUGACUGCCGUGAUUCUUGUCCAAAUCGAAAAAGAAAACCUCUCUUCAUCUCUUCAUCUCUAUCUCUAGAUAUAUCAUCUUUUCAUCUUUCCAUCUCUCUUCAUUUCUGGCUCUCCAUCUUCAUCUCUUUUACAUCACCAUAGGCCUCCACAAUUUCAGUCUUGGCAUCCCACUCUACCCUGUCGCCCGAUGGGGCUCCCACGGGCUCCCACGGUCUCCCACGGGCUUUUCCUCAGCCCUCGCUUGCCCUCUUCUCCGAGUUCAGUCAGCCCCAUGUUCCACACAAACCCCGAGCCAUGCUAUGAAAGUCCAUCUUUAAACUUCCAAGAUCUCUCGUUGGUCACAUGGUCAACUUGUUUCAUCAAGCGCAAUAUCAGAGGUGUCGUUUCUUGUCCAAACUUCCUUCUUCGACCGACUAAUCAUUUGCCGGUUGAUACAUACGUCCUUGGGUGCAGCUUGCAUCUGCCUCCCUCCAGCCUCGCAUCGACAUCCAUCACGGCCUCGCCCACCCAUCCUAAAACCUUAGUCAGCACCGACCAACCACCACCCAGAUCACACAUCGCUUUGGCCCCGCGUUUUGCCUGGCCUGGUCUUGGUUUUUCGGUCGACGUUAAACAAGAGCCACUAUCUUGACAUCCACGCUUUCCAUCUACCACCGACAGGCAUGCAUCCAGCCCACUAUGGAUGAAUUCCAUGACCUGGUCAGAAGUCAGGCACUUCUCUCCUCUGCUUGCGCUCCUCCCCCUUCCACCGAUCCUUCCAACCCUUCCUCCAACCCCGACAAAAAGUACCGUUGCUCAACCUGUGGCCAAAGUUUUUCCCGUGCCGAACAUCUCAAGCGCCAUCAAACCCGACAUACCGGCGCGAAGCCCUUUUCCUGUAUCUUUUGUGAUCGUGACUUCUCUCGAAAGGACCGAUUACAAACUCACUACAAUCAUUGCCAGCGCCGCGGUGAUCGACCGCUUCCAAAUUCGAUUCCCAAGGGUCGAAAACCCCAUGCAUGCGUCACUUGCAUUUCGUCUAAAAUCCGUUGCGAUGGCAAAAACCCAUGCGCACCAUGUCAAAAGAAAAAUCUGCAAUGCGUUCAAAAGUCAUCUCAACCCCGGUCUCCAAGCCACGACAGCAUGGAACUUGUCGACGAUCGCGUUUCUAUCAAGGCCCUUCUCAACGGGGGCGUCGACACCUUUACUGAAACCUUCAAUCUCCCUCCAAGCGACGAUCGAGUGAGGAGCCUGGAGCACCACCAUCGCAAAGCAAACGAGCAAAAUGAGUCUGCCGUCAAUUCUCCUCCAAACGAAAGUCCCGAUUUCAUCGACUAUGCUAGCAUGUUUGAAUCCCCCUUGGGAGCCGACAGCCAGUACCUUGACUUUUGGACCGGCCCCUUUGGGCUAAACCAUUCUCCGUCCUUCAACUCCAACGACCUUUCAGCCGACUUGUUCUCUCAAGCCCUCCCAUCAGACCUCAAAGUUGACAGUGUGGCGCGAGGCCCCGACUUGCACCAGGCCGAUCAGGUCCAGUACGUGGCGGCCCUCCAUCUUGCCAUGUACAACAAGCUCUGGAGCCUGGCUCUCGAGGCUCAAACCCGACACCAACUCACCAAUUACCUUAACUUUCUCCUCACUACCGAACGGAUUACCCGCUUCAUCUCCAUGUACUUUCGUAACUGGCACCUCAACUGUCCCAUGAUCCACCGACUCACCUUCGACCCGGCGGAGGUCCCUCUUAAUCUCCUUCUCUCCGUCACCUUCGUCGGUGCCCUCUAUUCCAAGGUCCCGGCCGAGCGACUGGCCGCCCAGAAACUCGUCGACGUCGCUGAACUCGUUGUCUUUGACUCGGAGAUUUUUUCCCUCGACAUCGAGGCAAGCCAAGUCAUCGAGACUGGCACGGUGCCCGCGGUCGAACGGGGAGAGCAUGAUUGGAAUCUAUUUCGAGAGCUGCAAGGUGGCUUCUUGAUGGUCAUUGCUCAGUACUGGGGAGGUGCUCGGAUUGCAAAGAGUCGCGCGAUCCAGUCGAGAUUCAGUGACGUGGUAAAGGUCUUGCGAAAAAUGCGAUUACCCCAAUCUCGACAUCACCCGAGCGACCGCAUUUCCGAGGUUGGUUGGUUGCAGAAAGAAUCCCGCAUCAGAACCAUGGCAGCGAUUGCGCUUCUCGAUUGCGCCAUGCGCAUCUACUCAAAUCAUCCUUGUCGUAUGAUGGUGGCUGAGCUGGAAUGCGACCUGCCUUGCAAGGAAACCACCUUCAAUUCCGAACACCCUUUUAUGGAAGAUGAUAACAUCUUUGCUCCACGGCUCACCAUCUCACGAGCCUUUUCAUCUCUCUUCCAGCCUCGCGUCAAACGGCGCACAUCCUCGGUCGCCAUUCCCAAGGAGGAAACCAGUCCGACUGAUGAUUUCAUCAAUCUCGGCGAGGCUACUGAGUUUACUCGAUUCGACUUGUUCAUCACCAUCCAUUUCUUGUACACGUAUAUCGUCUCAUACGUCAUGACUUUGUCUUAUAGCCUUCCUGUUGCAUCACUGAAAUCGACCUCGGGACAGACCAGCAGCGGCAAGCUCCGCAGAGGUGCCCUGACCGAGGAAAUUCGAGAAGCCUUGGGCCAGUGGAAAUUGCUUUGGGACCAAGCUUGUGUCCAGGCAGCUGAUCAGCCCCAAAGGCUGGCUGGCAUGUUCCGAAAUGCCUUUUAUUUCUGGCUGGUGGCCAAAUCGAUCAUCAACAAGGAAGAGAGCAUCCAUGUCAUUACCACCAUGGAGGUCAACUGCGAGGAUGCCUUGACAAAGCUGAAGGUUUUGUUUCAAAACGACAAUGACUAAGCUGGAGCCACAUCGACGAGGAAUAUAUAUUCGCACCACCUACAAACACUCGAAUACUCGCGUCGACCGAUGAUGUGCCGAAAUGGUCCCGGUGUGCGUUGGAAGAUAUUGCACCAAGCUUCCAUGUUCUUGCAAUAUCCCCCAAGAUAUUGUCCCCUUCUGUCAGCUGACAAUACUGGAACAUUUACAAGGCUAGAGCUUGGAAAGAUGUACGGAGUAAUGGAAAUGGUGCACCGUGAUCGAAUGAACUACUCCACCACCGCACGGUCCUGUAUUUGCUUGCCGAAGUGGCUGUUGCGUAACCAGCAUGAAGCAUUAUUGGAGCCUACUUACUUAGAAAGUUCAUGGCUCGAUGCAGCAGGCUGACAUGGCAGCGCUCAACGCUUGGAGAUAACGGCACUUGUUAGAGUGUAAUCUCCAGGCCGAUUAGAUAUAAGUAAGAUUUAAGCCCCGGGCCUAUGAUGGCAACC